ACGAUAGAGAAAUUGACGAAUCCACAAUAAAAAUCUUAUGUAAUAUUUCUGAUAUUAGUACUAGAUGGAAUUCUAGUUACUCUUCAUGGAAACGACUUUUACAACUAAAAGAUGCAAUCACAUGGCUAGCAUCCGUGUUACCAUUAAAAAAAGGAAAAGAAAAUCAAAAAGAUGGUCAAAAAUUGUCACAGCUACUUUUAAAAGACUACGAGUGGGAUUUAUUAAAAAGAGUUGUUAAUAUAUUGAAACCAUUUGAAUUUGCAACAACAUUAUUUUCAGGAAGCAAAUAUCCCACCCUUUCAAUAAUGUAUCCCAUUAUUCGUGAAUUACAAAAUAAAUUUAUGGAUGUUAGUUUAGAAUUGAGUGCCGACAACGAAGAUAACGACGAUGAUAAUG